AUGUUCUUGAGUAUAUUAGUAAUUGUGUUUGCAAAUGACACCAAAUUAAGUUUGAAUAAAGAGCUCCAAACAGGCAAGAAAAUGACAAAUGAGAUUCAGUGUAAUUGUCAAGUGAUUUACACUUGGGCAAAAAGAUCCCAUUUCACAUAUACCCUGAUGGGAUCUAAAUUUGCUGACCUCAGAGUAAAUUGUAAAGGAAGUCUUGGCAUUGUGAUGGAUAGCUCAAUAAAAAUGACCCAUCAGCCUUUGCAGACACCAUGUCCAGUGGUCAGGGAUGAUGGGAGGUGGAAACUUCAUCUUCAGAAUGUCAGUUGCCUGGAAAGAAACAGGGUGUGGAUAUCAUUGCUUCAUGCCCUGCAUAUGACGUUCCCAGAGGCAUAUGUCUGA